UGGGCUCAACGGAGCCAUUUCUCGACAGCCCCGACAUGGUUCUGUUGGAGCCCAGAGUGUGUCUGCGCGAGAUUGAACGAAAGGAAGCUGUAUAGAGAACCCCACAGUUCCAGAUUAGCCCAAUUAGCCCUGAAUCACGAUUACAGCAACAAUGCGAUUUGCAGCAGACGUAUACCACGGGCUCAACGGAUGUGCGAAGGAAAGGACGGUUAAUAUAAAAGGAGGAUGAAAUAAGGAUGAUUAAGGAAAGUAUCAGAAAAAGAAAAGAAAUUCUCGAAGGAAAUAAAGAAAAAAACGAGUUGAAAAGAAGAAAGAGGGGAAGGAUCCAGGAAAAAAGAGCGUAUCAACGAGCAAUCACGAGGGGACGUAACAGAGAGAAAGAGAGGGUUUCCUCUGGCACAUACACAUUUUGGCUUUCUUUUGGUACAGAUGGCAGUGGCGCAGUCAAGUCAAGCCCAGCUUUUUGAGCUACUAGUCCGGGUGUAUC